CAAGACCUCGUCAUCAUGGCACAAUCAAAUCCCUUCGACUAUUUCGCGAUCCAGAACACGAUCUCGACAUACUGCAUCGCCCUUGACACCAAGGACUUCGCUCUCCUGAAGAAAGUCUUCACCGAAGAUGUAGACACGAAAUACCCUUUCGCCGAGAUGAAGGGCGUGCAAACCGUGGCAGAGCGUAUAGAAAAGAGACUGGCGGCGAUCACAUCCCAGCAUGCUCUGACUACGCAAACAAUCGAGGUGUCGGAAGAUGGCAAGACUGCAAGAGCUACGACCUACUUCACUGGAAUCCACUUCGGCAAGGGGAUCUGGCAAGGCGAACAAGUGACUGCUUGGGGCAAAUAUGAUGAUGAGCUGGUAGUCACCGACGCGAAAGCGAGUGUGCCUGGUGCUUCCGGCCACUGGAUGAUUUGCAAGCGAAGUGUCACGUUCCAAGGCAGAUUGGGAGAGGAAGCUGUCAUGGAUGGCGAGUAAGGCUGACAGCACGAUUAUUGUAGCAUGCGAGGCGCACGAAUACUCAGCUGCUCGAGUCUAUGUCCAAGAUUUCCCCCGCUACUCGCCUCAGACACUACUUGAAAAAUGCCUUGCACAACUUCUUG